AUGAUCGCAGUCCCACCCGCCAAACGCAUCCGGACAGAUUCGUCGUCAUCAGAUAGUAACGGAGCACAGAUGGUUGCUGCGCACAGAUGUCAUGAGGAGUCGGACAAGUGGUUUGACCAUGCGAAUAACGAUGCAGUCGCAACGAAGAACAUCCCUUUCAUCGACAAUGAUCCCCCAUUCUUCGUUAGAAGACAAAGCUCAGGCAUAGUACACGGUUCGGGGCCCAAAACCAACAGGUCUAUGCAACCAACUCAAGAAAACGUUGGGCCCACCGCGCCUACGGCUUCUCUACUUGCGAGGAUGAAUGCUACAAAUGCUACCAUCGACAGUCCGAGCGAAGGGUUUCGUGGUGUAAUUGACGAUCUGACGGUACAAAACCGGAAGUUGAAGAAAAAGCUUGGGAAGUACGAGAGGCUGCAUUGCUCGCACUUGCAAAAUGACAAACUAUUUGAAGUCAGGAUUCACGGGCUGCCAUCUCACAAAAAACGAGAAUUAGAAGACACGCUGAAAAGCUUUGCGUCAGGCAUCGAGGGAGUAUCGCGGCACAAGCGGCACCCAAGGAAAGAUAUAUCCUCGACGUUUCCAACGUCGAGUCUCCACCAUGAACCGUCUACAUCUUCAACAUCAGGUUCGAAACCGAUCGACUCAGCAUACGCAUCCAUGUCUGUCUCCGCUCUAUCGCAAGCACACCCUCAACUCAAGAAUGUCUCGCAUUCGAUGCCGAACGAUGUCAAAUCGUUUUUGAGAGACAUUCCUGAGGCCCUGAUGCCGCGGAAUUGCUUUGCCAUGUCAGAGAGGUCACGCAGUAAGCUUGUUGCUCGUCGCCUCGAACAAAUUUUUACCGGCAAAGGAGCCAAGGCACACAGGCAAGGGCAAAUGCAGCAGCAACAGGAGGUGUCGACUGCUGCUGCGGAAGCUGAUCGUACUAAAAUCGAAGCCUGUGGGCAGAGAGUAUGGAGGGAAGGCACACGCGAAGCUCACAUCUUGCCUGACAGUGCUGAUUUCAAGGUUGACUCAAUGGAAGAUGGGUUUAUGUCAUUACGCCAAACAAAAGAGGAGGUUGACGAGACGGAAACUGGUUCGCGAUGUCCGGAAGUCAGCCGAGCUGCAAGUCCAGAACAGAGGCCUACGCGCCCAUUGGAUUUGGACAUUCAUCGUGCCCAAGCUCCGUCGGACAACAUUGACUAUAUCCGCCAUCUCGGUCUUGCCAGUCCCACUGGCGAGCAUAGUGUCAUGGUUGAUGGCGACGAUGGAUGGGUUUAUCUGAAUCUCCUCAUCAGCAUGGCGCAGUUGCACACAUUGAAUGUGACACCAGAGUUUAUUCGAAGUUCUGUGAAGACACAUAGCGAUAGACUUGAGCUAUCAAAAGACGGUACGAAAAUCAAAUGGCUUGGAGGCCAAGAGGGUACGCAGCUAAGCUCAGAUGGUGAUGAGAGCGAGGAACGAAACAAUUGGAAGAGCUUCGAUUCAAGCAAUCCAGUCAGUAAGACUGGGUCGUCGGCAGACAUGUUUAGUAAAGAUGGUCUUGAUCCGCAAGCAUUCAACUACACUCAAGCAGGUACCAAAAGGCGUCUCGUCAAUCUCGAGACUUCAAAUACGUCUGAUGACUUUCACUAUCGCCCGCUCUUUAAUCGCAUACUGCCCUCAGACGAGGAGGAGAGCUCUGACAUGGAAAGCGUGUCCACAGACACUACCAACUCGAUUGAUCUCAAACCGAAUCCGAAUACUAAGUCGAAUGUCAUACGUGAAAAGCAGAAACAUCCGCGUAAUCGAAAUCCCGAAGGCGGGCCGAUCAUCUUCUACAAUGGAGCCAAGUUCUGUACUGACCUUGGAGCUGAUCCGAGCCCUGCGAAGGAUCAUGUCUCUUACAAUCGUUUUACUCAACGACCCGUGGGAUUUCCGAGAACGCCAUCGGCGCAAUCGACGGAUGAUGGAUCGGACUCUGACUUUAGCCUACCAACCGCAGCUCGAUCGACAUUGGAUCUCAACGAUCUUAGAGAGUCGAUCCCAUCUUGUGCUAGUGAGCUUGAUUCUCCUCUGGCUAUGGAAGCUUCGGGACUUGGUGGUGUUCAUCCUGAUGACAACUUUAUUGUGAAGGUGCAGACUCGCCGCGGGAUUGGGCAAAGCUUCCCACACAAGCUCGCUUCUGUCUCAGCGAGACGCGAGUAUGUGCACAGAGUAACUCGCACAAUUCCGAAGACGACGAUUGACACUUUUCGGGAGGGGCUUGAGAUACCCCGCAGCCAAGCUCCUGUCGUUAACAGCGAGAUUGUUUCUGCGGUGAAGACAGAUAUUGCACCAUCCACGCUGCCUCCACCAUCCUAUGUCCACCUACCGUUCACUUCUUCCUCUUCCUCCGACGAUGAUGAUGAGGAUGAGGAUGAUGACGAUAGUAGCGAGGAUGAAGGCAUUGACGUAUCGAUGCGUCAGAGUCAGCUGGAAAAUGCUUACCACUGUAGCCCGCGCCCCGCUGCUGCACCUAUCACUCCACGGUCAGAUACCGAGGCUAAGGAAGCAGCCUCUGAUUCCGACUCGGACGAUUCAUCCAUUGACCUGCUUGCUCACGCAAGGCUACAGGAUCCUGAAGCAGUACGCGCCAGGGAGAUGGAAUUUGAAGGGGAUGUGAUCGCCCCAGGUGAGAUGCCACGGACUAUGACUACGGCUGCACUGGCGCUGGAUCAAGACAGUGAAAGCGACGUCGACAGUAUGAGCGUUGAUCAAGAAUCGAGCGACAGUGGAUUUAGCGAAUGA